ACUAAGGGGAGUGCAUGUGCAACAAAUAGCAGAGCCUUGGUCCAGGUGGACCCCAAGAAAUUCAAAAUUCAGGUCAACAGAAACCUUGUGGACACCAAGAAGAUGGGCAAGAUAACCCCAGGUUUCACCCAGUCUGGGGACUGAGGGGUUAAGCAGGGUCCCAGUGAAAAGGACCGGGGACAAGGUCCCAGACAAGGUCCUGGACAAGAGGCUGAACAACUGGGACAAGCUGCAUCCUGGGCGACAUGAGGUGGAGUGUGGCUAGCAGCCUGAGAGAAUGGGUUGCACAGGACCAGAAAACCCCCAGCUGGAUGCUGUGCCUGGACUGGCCCCCCAGUUCAGGGAGAGGUGGAGAAGGUGGAGAGGGACCAGGAGUUGCUGCUGGCAGGGCUGGGGCCUGAGAAUACAAGAGGGGUGGAUUGGGAUCUAUCAGCAUCAUGCAGCUACCUGGAGGGCAGAUGCAAAGGGAACAGAGCCACGCUCUCUUGGUAGGGCAUGAGAUGUAACAAAGGACUUUAAUUGCAGCUUCAGGUUGGACAGUAGGAAUUAUUAUUUUUUUCCUGGGGAGGUGGUACAGCUGUGGGACGUGCCACCAGGGAGGUACAGCAAGUUCGUCCUUCAAGACACAGCUGGGUAAAGCCAUGGAUGACGUUACCCAUCUGGUGGCAUUUCUGUUCCAAGUGGGAGAGUGGGCUAGAGACCCCCAGGGGUCCCUUCCCACCAGCAUCACCAGGAUCCCGUGAGCCCAGUGAGGGCCAACCUCCCCACCUGCAAAUUCUUUCCCUUUCCCACGCCAGGAGCCCACCCUGCAGACCCAGGACACCUUGACGGCCAAGGUCCUGUGCACUGGACCAUGGCCCCAUCCCAGGCGUGUCAGGACCCGCGCUGGCCCGCAUCCUGCCGAUGCUGAAGCCCAUCUCUUCCGCCGGGCUGCUGGCAGGUGAUCAGCUGAUCCCGCCAGUGAGCUGGUGCUGCAAAGUCAGGCACAGAGAUUGUUAGUGUGCCAGCGAGGGGAGAGCGGGGCCGGCAGGGCCGGGGGGCUCAGGGAGCCUGGGGCAGCUCUACCCUGAAAACCGAGCCACCUGCGUGCUGCUACCUGCUGAAUAAUAGAGGAGCUGCCAGCCAGCCAGAGAGAAAUGUGAUCCUGGUUAGCCAGCCAGAGAAGACAUCUGAGCUCCCAGCAGCUGCGAUAGCAACUGCAGGGAAAGAGCCUUCCUCCCUGCUGCUCUGUGCGGCGCAGCGUGGCCGGGGUGGCUGGAGGUCUCUUCCCAUCCCGGUGUGCCUGGGCGGCUGGUGUCCGCUCCGGGGGCACAGGCUCAGGGCUCGGAGGAUGAUGUGAGCUGCAGGAGGCACCCAGCAAGGCAGAGCUCAAGGGCAGAGCCAGGUUUCCCAGGAGGUGAGGCAGAAAGAGCCUGCCUGCAGCCGGUGCCCGCAUCCUGGGUCUGGCAGCUCAGCCCCAUGUCCAGAGGAGGAGAGAUGGUUUAUAUUCCAGAUGACUCCGACUUCAGCUCCUUCAGGGAUCAGUGCGAGAGCCUGGAGGGCUGGCACUGUCGGUAUAACAAGGCUGGUGUGACCGUGUGGAGUCAGGGCCAGGAGGAAAGCUGCACCGUGCAGAAAAUCAAGACCCGCAUCUCCUGCAAGGAUGUCCCUGCUGAGACGCUCUAUGAUGUGCUGCACGACACCCGCUACCGCAAGAAAUGGGACUCAAACAUGAUCGAGACCUACGACAUCGGGCGCCUGACCGUUAAUGCUGAUGUGGGAUACUACUCUUGGAAAUGCCCAAGCCCCUUGAAGAACCGGGAUUUCGUCACCCUACGCUCCUGGCUGCCCCUGGGUAAUGACUACAUGAUCAUCAAUUACAGCGUCAAGCACCCGAAAUACCCACCCCGGAAGGAUUUUGUGAGGGCUGUGUCCCUGCAGACAGGAUACCUGAUCAAGGCGAAUGGUGAUGGUGCCUGUGUCCUCUAUUAUCUCACCCAGGUGGACCCUCGUGGGUCGCUGCCAAAAUGGGUGGUGAACCGUGUCUCCCAGUUUGUGGCACCAAAGGCAAUGAAGAAGAUCUACAAGGCUGGGCUGAAGUACCCGGAAUGGAAACGCAAACAUGACCCCGGAUACAAGCCCUGGGUGUACCCGGAGCAGAACACACUGCCCAGUGUCAGCCUCGCCGAGCUCUCAGUGCAACACGCCGACUCACUGGAGAACAUCGACGAGACGGGGCUGACCGAGGACCACCUGAGCACCAGUGACCAUGAGGCCUGAGCCCUUGCCACAGCCCUCUUGCAGGGCAACCCCCUCAUGAUUGGGCUUGGCAUAUGGGGGGUUUGGGUGAGAAUAUGGCCCCCUGCACCCCAAUAAUCACAUCUGCUCUCCAUCUUCUUCAUCAUAGACUCCCCCUACACAGGCAGCAGGGUACUGUCCCAUGGGAACCUAUAGCACGGGUGCUAGAAAGAGGGAGGACAGGUACUCUGGUCCCCCUUGCGCCCAUGGGGGCCCAUGGAGAUGUCCCCAUGGAGGAGGUAGAGCUAGCAGUGGGAGCGGGUGCCCCAAAGAGAUGCUGGGCAGGGCAAGAGAGUGACAACCCUUCAUGGGGUGGGUAGGAGCUUUCCUGGCACCAGUAUAUCCCUUUGCCACUGUAAGAGCUUCCCACUGUAAGGGGUAUCCCGCAAAGGUCCAGCAGUGGGGGGUCUCUGGGACAUCCUGACCAGGCUUUGUGGAAGAACAGAGCUUGGACUGAUCCUCUCUGGCCCAAGGUCUGGGUCUUCCAGACCCACAAUCACACUGGCCCCCUUCCAGCCCACCAAGUCCCCCUCAAGGCUUUGUGUGACCCCACACCCCCAUCUCAGGGAGCCCUCCCAGGUCCUCUCCUGGUCAUCAGGCUCACCUCUGCAGGCUGGCUCUAGCCCAGCUGGCUCUGGGGACCCCUUCCCUAGGUGGUGUUUGGUGGCGGGGGGGGGCUUGCCCUGGCAGUGGGGUCUUGGGCAGCCUCUGUCCCCACUCUCUCGGUGUUUGCCGCUGCUGUGGU